CGCCGACGCAGGUUUACGACGUCAUCAAAAUCGCCUGAAAAGCAAAAUUAGACUCUCUAUCAAACACUUUAUCAAAGAAAAACUGAGACAUCGUGUGGAAUAAGGUGUAUUUAUUUAGAUUACACCAUGUCACUGGAUACGGUACCGAAGGAUCUUCGUCAUCUGCGGGCUUGUUUGCUGUGUUCUCUUGUUAAGACUAUCGACCAGUUCGAAUAUGAUGGCUGUGAUAACUGCGAGUCCUACCUGCAGAUGAAGGGGAACCGGGAGAUGGUUUAUGAAUGCACAAGCUCCUCCUUUGAUGGCGUUAUUGCAAUGAUGAGUCCUGAAGACAGCUGGGUGGCUAAGUGGCAAAGAAUAGGAAAUUUCAAGGCAGGCGUCUAUGCUGUGACAGUAACUGGAAGAUUACCUCCAGGAGUGGUGCGAGAGCUAAAGAGCAGAGGAGUCAUCUACAGGUCUAGAGACACAGCAGUGAAGACAUAAAAGUGAGACCCUGUACAGUUUUCUCAUCACGUCAAAGAACGGAUCCUCAGCUGAACCCUACACUGUCAGAAGAAGCAGGUUGAUUGGAUUGGAUUCCAAGUUCUGGAAUACAAUCCAAUCAACCUCUAGCUAAAAGUCCUUCAGAACUUAAUGUUUGUGUCUGAAAUAUUAUUUUGCUUCAUUUCUAUCUGAAUUUUUUUUUAUGUCUCAUUUUCUCAAUGUAUAUAUCUUGUUCGAUUGUAAGAGCUCCACAGCAGUUACUUUAUUAGUUAAUUGGAUAAUGCUAAAUAAUUACAUUUGAAAAAAUAAAACCUUUUUACAAAAAAUCUUGAUGGAUUAAUGAUUGAGUCUGUUCUGCAAACUGAAGUCAUUGCAAAAGUUUGCAUCCCAUUGAUUAAACUAAGUUGUUAAACUAA